GAAAAGUAAGCACAAUACGAAACGUGUUUACAAAAUGGCCGACAUUAGUCAAAGUUUGAAAGACUACAUGUCAAAAAGUCAAUCUAAAGAGCCUUUACUCGGAGAUGAAUCGUCAAGUGGUGGAUUUAGUUUUGGAAAGUUAAAUCCAUUCAAAAAAUCAGAAUCUAAAGCUAAUGAUGAUCCAAAUGAAGUAGCCAACUCUUGGUUUUCACAGGCACAAAAAGAUCCACUAUGUCCCGGAUUAACAAAGAAGCAACGUAUUCUUGGUUUUGUGGUUUGUCUGCUGAUGGGUACUUUCUGUUUCUGUCUAGCAUGCUUGUAUAUUCCCAUAUUAGUCCUGAAAGCAAGAAAGUUUGCCAUGUUAUACACUGUAGGAAGUUUGUUCAUUAUUUGUAGUUUUUCCAUGUUAUGGGGACCAAUGAAUCACAUAAAACAUUUACUAGCAGCAGAAAGACUACCUUUUACAUCUGUGUAUUUUGGAACAAUGUUUGCUACAAUAUAUUUUUCAAUAUGGGUUAAAAGUACAGUAUUUACAGUCAUCUUUGCAGUUAUUCAAAUAUUAGCUUUAGUUUGGUAUAUCAUGAGUUAUAUCCCUGGAGGACAAACUGGAAUGAAAUUUUUCUCAAGAAUAUUUUAUGCAGCUGCAUCAAAAACAACACAAAACAUCCUGCCAGUAUAGCAGGAGCCGGUGAUCAUGUGACUUUCAUUCAGGUGUUGAUCAUGUGACCUACAAAUGAGGGGAUCAUGUGUAAUUGUACAAUAUCCAAGGGAAACUACUGUGAUUUUAUUGUUGGAAAAGUUCGAUAACUGUGCACUGUGCAAGAAAAUGAUAUUGGAAUGGCCAGAUAUGUGAUAUGUUAUGAACAAAUAUGAAAAAGUGGUUAAAUCCAUGUAAAGAUUUCUCUUUUGAAGAGUGGGUUUUGUUAGAUGGUGUCACUGACAGCUACAAGCUGAUAAAUAUGGGAAAACACUACGUUUUGAAUACUUACAGCAUUUAUAUCAGAUUGUGUACAGUAGAUAUUAUAUAAAGAAUACUAAUUUAAAAGAAUUUGUAAAAUUAAUUAGCUUUAUUCACAGAUGGUAUCCAUAAUAGGCUCUUGACUUAAAAUGUGACUUUGUAUUAAUAAUAUUCUUUGGAAAAAAAUAAGCUAUUGAAUUUUGUUUUUUUUAACUUUUAUUUUUUUUGCUUAUAAGUAAGUUUAGCUAAAAUAUCCAUAUUCUAUCUAUAUUACAAGAUAAAAUUCAGUCAUUUGACAUAUGCAUAAUGUUCUUUUUUUUUUACAAAAAUAAGAAGUAUUUUUACUACAGUUUAAAGGUCAAAGUUUCACCAUGACUGAAUGUAAUACUGACCUUGACCCAGUUUUAUGAAGCUAAGCUUCAGCCAUUGAUGUCUAGAUGAAAAACAAAUAUUUAAAAUGGACCGUCGGCCCGACAUUUCUUUCUGAGAGUUAAUGACAAUCUUAGAUUAUCAAUCAUUUUUCUUCAGCUGUCACUUAAGCAAUGUUAACCAGCACAUCGCAUAUCAUAUCAUGUUAUAGGUCUAUCACAUUAACUUAUUAUUGUUAUAUGUUUUGUCCCUAUAUUGAUUUUUUUUUUUUGUUGAUUUUAUUUUCAUCAAAAUAAGUACUAAAGCUAUUUGACCAGUAGUUUCUGUACAAAUAUUUUACUACAAAUUGCAUGUUGGUUGGUAUACCUGUAAAUGAAAUACAAAAAUGUAAGAUGUUCAGUAGAACAAAUGUACUGUUUAUCAUAACUGUUUGGCCAUGGUUCAAUAUGUAGUAUUACAAGUAACUCAUAUUGUACAGGAAGACUUAGCAUUUUCCUAAUUAUCUGGUCAAGGGAAGUAAUUCUCAAUGAACAACAAUGAACAUUGGCAUCUUACAGUGGCAAUCGGGUGCAAGAAAAAUAUGUGUAAACUUGGGUCAGACUUACUUUGAAGGGUGACUAUCCUACUUUAAGUGUGCAUUCAUUUAUAGUUUGUAUGAUAUUUUUCUUUCAUGAAAUUAAUAUUCAGAUCAAAUUAUGAGUUUUGAAUUUUUCAUCAAAAUAACUUACGUAAUCUUUAUCCUGGUUAAUUUGUUUAAUGUCAAGCUUUCAAGUAAAGUUGUUUUUUGUUAGUUUGAGUGAAAUCUAUACAACAAUUAAUAAACAAACAUAAAAUCUGAUUAAAAUUACUUAAAAGUGAAAAUUUGGCUGGCUUUUUGUUCGUGGUCUAUCCAGAUCAUCAUCGCCACAAAUAUCUACAGAGUUGUGCUACAUCCUGCAAAUGGUAUGAUAUUCUUUAGUUUUUUCCUACUUCACUUUUGCAAAGAGAAUAUAGCUUAUUUGUUUGGGUAUUUACACUGAUCUUAACACAUGUUUGGUUACCAUUUGACAGUACUGAAUAACUAAUUAGUUAUUACCAGUUCCUCCAAAAGUGACGGAUUACUAAUCCCACACUAUAGACAUAUCAGUGUUGAGAGAAAAAUAACCAUAAGACUCAAAUGUCCGGGGUCAAUUGUCGCAGAGAAAUAUCGCCUCAGUCCAGGAUAGAACCAGGAAUCCCUGCAUUACAAAUUCUGAUGUUCUUGCUUUUGAGCUUAGCGGAAAAUGUUAAGACUGUAUUUAAAUAUGACUCUUUUGAAAAUACAUAUAAAUUUAUUCAAGAAUGUUUAUAAUAUUAUAAGAAAUUUGGUUGUAUAAUAAACAGACUGUUUAGUGGUUAAAUGUCAGAAUAUUAGUGACUAGUCACCAAGAAUUACAUUUUUCAAGUAUACAUGCAUGAAAAAUGUUUCGUAUAGGAAUGUUAUACUAAUGUACUUUGUGAGGAAAAAAAAGAUGAACGUACAUAUCGUUUUAGAUAUAUUAAAUGAUAUUAUCUUUUCUAUAUUUUUGUUGUAAUAAAAUAAUUGACAUCAAAAUGUAUGACAAGUGUUAGUUUAGUAUGUGUCAACACAUUUCAUUAUAUUUUACAUAACAUAUUUCAUUGUAUGUAUUUGAACAUGUUGUACUGAAAUAAAGUAAUUUUGAAAAUAAAAACUUAUUAAAUUAUUAA